AUGACGAAUACUAUAGGACUUGUAAUUGAACGUUUCAAGUCUAUGUCAACUCCUAUGCCUUCGGUUACAGAUAAAGGAAAAUAUGUUUUGUUAGGUAUUUUCAAUUGCAUAUUAUUUGGGGUGGGGAUGAUUAUUAUUGGAGUUAUGAAUAAUGAUGCUCCUGACAUUGUCACUGGUAUUUUGCAACUGUGUAUACCAUUUGUCGGUUGGAUCUGGGCUAUUGUUUGGGGUAUUUUGAUCGUUUCUAGAAGUCUCUAA